UCAAAAUCAGAUCGAAAAGUCUCAUCCUUUUUGUCUUUUGGUUGCGAGUUUCCAGCGAAACUUGAAAGAAAGAAAAAGAAGCAAGCUUUUAGAGUUAUGGACAAAAUAAGUGACUUGUCGGAUGAUUUGCUCAUCAAAAUAUUGUCACUAGUCCCAACAACAGAUGUCAUCGCCAUGAGCAUAUUGUCUAAACGAUGGAGAUGUCUUUGGAGAUUGGUGCCAAGUCUCAUCUUUGGUGAGGAUGAUGAGGAAGAGGAGGAUAGGGAGCAUGAAGAGUUCACUUCGAACGUUUACUGCAGAAACUUUUCGCAGUUUGUCUAUGGGACUUUGCUAUUACAUAAUGCACCGGUUCUAGAACGUUUUCAUCUCAACAGUGCUUCAGAAUGUGGCGUUUCAGAGGUUGAUCUAUGGGUUAGAAUAGCAGUCGAUCGUUUCGUGCGUGAUCUGAAGAUACGUUUUCGUUAUGGAUACGAGCUUAUAAGGCUGCCGAGUAGCUUGUUUAGAAGCGAAACAGUCGAGACUUUGGAACUCCGAUGGGAAGUUCCUUCUCGUUGUAGCUUUCGAUCACUCAAGACAUUGCGGCUUUUAUUUGUCAAGUAUGCAGAUGAGGAAUCUUUCUCUAGGCUUAUAUCGAACUGCCCCGUUCUUGAGGAUUUGGUUGUAGAAACUUGUCACGAUGACAAUGUUACGACUUUCACUAUCAACGUGCCUUCCUUACAGAGUUUAUCCAUUAGGCAUACAUUGCAAGACUUUGGGACUGAUGAUGAUGUGUUUGUGGUACAUUACCAUUCUUUGAAGCACUUGACCAUUGUGGACUACUUUAGUGGAAUUGAGUUUAUAGGCCAUAAUACCCCAAAACUCGUCGAGGCAAAUCUCCUAUCUUUGUCCUGCCAAGCUAAGGUUCUAGCUUCUUUUCCAAAUAUCAAGCGUCUUUCGCUAUGCUUAGAUAAAGAGUAUCCUACUGGCUCCGUUUUAUCCCAGCUUGUGCGUUUGGAGCUAUGUUCAUGUGAAAGUAACUGGAAAAAUAUGCUUGUGAUUGUUCUCCAACAUUGCCCUAAACUACAAGUUCUCAACCUUGCGCUGAACCACUUGGUGUCGGAGGACAGUAAGGUUUGCUGGAUUCAGCCGAGCUGUGUACCUGAAUGCUUGUUGUUCCAUCUCAAAACUUUUGAGUGGAGUGAGUAUGGUGGAUCUGAAGAAGAGAAACAGGUGGCCAUUUAUAUUCUCAAGAACUCGAUGCGAUUAGUGACUGCAACUAUCUACCCUGACCCACUCGAGUUGGCUUCCAAACAAAGAAAACAGAGGAGUUUAUUCGGUUCCUUGGGACAUGUUGAGCUUUGUCUUCUGCUAAAAGGGGAUUUUAAGAUGUUUACAUAUACAGAUAGGAUCAGUCACUUGUCUGACGAUUUGCUCUUGAGAAUCCUCUCGUUGAUUCCGGUAAGCGAUGCAAUCUCCACAAGUAUAUUGUCUAAACGAUGGAGAUCUCUGUGGAAGAAGAUGCAGAAGCUUGAGUAUGAUGAAAACUCUCGUCCCAACAUCGGUUCGAUUGGAUUUGUCGAAUUUUGUGGCAGGUCAUUGCAAUUACACGAAGCUCCUCUUCUUAAAACCUUGAAUCUCAAUAUUUGUAACCACUCUGAUUCCAUAGAUUCUCUGCUAUUUCCAAGUAUUCGUUCCACACUCCUCGAGAUAUCAAUCACAUCUUCUCAUUACUCUCCUAUCAGAUUCUCUUCUAACCUCAAUGUCUUUCAAACACUCGUCGUGAUGAAACUCCAAGAACAGAUUCUUGUGGAUGUCUCUGUCGAUUCUCCGGUUUGUUUCCGGUCCCUGAACGCCUUGCACCUCACGCGUGUGAGGUACUCUUGCGAUCAAUCUCUCUCUAGACUUUUAUCAGCUUGUCCUGUUCUUGAAGAUCUCUUCCUCGAAAGACUCUGCCGUGGUGAUAAGUUUUUAACCAUAUCAGUCCCUUCUUUACAAAGAUUGUACAUCAUUAAACAAGAUGGAUCUUCUUAUGACGAUGAACCGAGAUUCGAGAUAAAUGUUCCUUCUUUGAUUUACCUAAUGAUCGAUGAUCGCCAAGGUAGUUUCGAUUUCACCGAGGAUAUGCCUAAAUUGGUGGAGGCAAAUGUUUCAGUUUGUCAGUUUAAAAGUGGGAAGCUUCUGAAAUCUCUUGCUUCAGUUGAACGUCUUUCUGUAAAUCUAUUCAUUUCAAUGGUUACGCAUCUCACCGAUAGAUUCUACUGUAACCGGCUUCUUCAUCUGGAACUACACAUUCACCAAAACUUCCGGUCAAAUCUGCUCCUGCGUUUGCUCCAAGAUUCCCCUAAACUGCAAGUUCUUAAGCUUCACCAGCGACAUUGGAUUUGGUUUGGAUUUAUUGACGAACACCCGUGUUUUGUCCCCGAACCGAGCUCUGUUCCCGAAUGCUUGAGCUUCCAUCUCGAAACUCUUGAAUGGAUAGGCUAUGGUGGAAGUGAAACAGAGGAAGAGAAGGAAGCCGCCGCUUACAUAUUCAAAAAAGCUCGUUGUUUAAAGAGUGCUUUGAUCUCUCUACAGUCAACGGUCAUGAAGAAAGAUAAGACUAUGAUCAAGGAGUUGGAAUCUAUGUCUAAGGCUUCAACCUCGUGUCAGCUUGUAAUUCAGCUUUCCAAAAUC